AACGGCGGCGGUGUCACGUGACCGGCGCCCACGCUGCACUCGGCUGGCCAGACGCCCGCCAGACACACUUCAAAAUUCUCCUCCGCGCCCGUUUCUGACAGUUAAGCAACCAAACCUUCACCAACAUGUCGGACGACGCCGCCGUUGCGCCCGCGGAGAACAACGUCAGCUCCCCUGCAGAGAAAAAAAAUCGAACCAGCACGGUCUCUCGAGCCACGGCAGAAGGUGAGGCACUCCUCAAAGAGAUGGGAUUUGAGGACAAGGAGACCCCAGGGCGGAGGAGAACUCGGGCUGCCAUAAGGGGGGAUGUAUACACACCGCCUGCAAAGAAGGAGAGGAAAGCCGCAACACCAGGAAGCGGGCGUAGAGGACGCCCCCCAAAGAAGACUGAAGAGAAGAAAGAAGAAGAACCGGCAGCCGAAGAGGAAGAGAAAAAUGAAGAGGAGGAGGAGAAAGUAGAAAAGGAGAAACCAGCCGAAGAUGAAGAGGCUGCUGAGGAAGCCAGUGCAGAUGGCGAAGCAGAUGCAGAAGAGAAAACCGAGUGAGGGGAAUCCCAAGAGAGCCAUGGUACAAAUUGUUUACCUGAUGAUUCUACAAGUACACAAUAAGGUUGUAAGGUGUUUGUAAGGCGCACACACAGGUGGAGAGUUAAGUUGGAGGGAAGAGGGAGGGGGGAGGGCUAGAGAGGAGGGAACUUCAAAUACAAGCUCACUACAAGUCAUGGCCAGAGAAUUAUCUGCUAAGACUGUAAUUUUGUGUUAAUGUGGAUUUCAAUCAGGUGGUUUUUAGUUACUUUGAUGUGAAAUGAAGGUAGUUCUGUGGCAUCUUUAGAAGUGGUAUGAUUUUAUGCAUGGUGAGUAUAUACUUUCCAGCUUCAAAGUAAUAUGCAAAUUCAGGUACCAUUUACUGUCCAUAAAUCGCUACAUUACGCACAGACACACACUCACUCACACACACACACACACACACACACACACACACACACACACACACACACACACACACACACACACACACACACACACACACACACACACACACACACACACACAUACACACACACACAUACACACACACACACAUUGUAUAGGCACUAAUUAGCUAAGAUACACAAAGUUCUCCUUGUUUUUUAAGAACAGCUGAUGCAAGCUUGCAUUCAAAAGUUGGGUAAGAUCAUACUAAUUUCACCUGAUGCUCAUUAGAAUUAACACAAAUAGUGCUUAAUUCCUGUCAGAUGUUUGAUUUUUAUGGAGUGCCAUAGAAAGUGUUUAAACCAGACUUGCCUCAAUAAAUGUUAAAUCUUUAAGAAAGCCAGUGAGUUAUCUAUUAUGACUUGUAACAAAUACAAAAUACCUUCCAUAUUUCUACAGAUGGUUUAGCUUUCAUUUGUAAAUAGAACACUUUUGCUGAUAGGUCAUAUCAGUCCUGACCUGAUAUAUAUGGGCAGCUGGACUUUUGCAGUGCCACUAAUAAUUCCUGUUCUUCAAAUGCCAAAGGCUACACUUUGCAUAUUAAGGGAACUUUUAAACACCUCGUGGCAUUUAAACAUCUUCCAAUAUUAUCUUGGAACAGUAAACUAAAUUUGUGCAAUCAUAUCUUAACUGUGGGUGAUUGUGUUGUAGUAGAUCACCUGAAUAUACAUUUUUCCUCUUAGACUUCUUUUAUAUUUCCUAUUUCUUUCUUAAGUGUGUUGUCAGAGUUUAAACUUGAAUGAGUGAAAGUAGGUUGUUCCUAGAUUUUUCAUUGUGUGUACCAACAUCUUGUCAAAGCAUAAUUAGAUAUUUUUUCUUGUAACAAAAAAAAUGCCUCUCUGUAAGUGGUUAUAAAUUUCUCCAAGGGCCAGAAAUAUUAAUCUUAUGAAUAUUGUAUUUAAUGUUAUUUGUACCUACACGAUCUAUGCACCCUAGUACGAAGAAAUUUUUUGUUUUAAAUUUGGGCAAUUUUUUGUAAUGAUUAUAUACCUGCUUGUUAGGAACUGUAGGGCAAAACUUUCAACAUUUGCACUUAACAAGUGUCACAGUUUUCUGUAUGAAGUUCAUGUUUUGUAAAAUGUAUUGGGAAGUCUUUAAGAGUGAUUGCUUAUGUUUUGUAACUGUUGUGUGUUUGUAAGAUGUAAGGCAUUUAAGAUUUUUUUUAAUAUGUGAAGCAGGGCUAUUCAGUAAUAAAAGCUAUUGCUUUAAUAACAAUACAUAUGGAAUUCAGAAUUAUUGUUUCUUCUCAUAUUGUCAUGUUGAAUUUGUAAAUCGAAAAGGGAUAUCAUAUAAUUAUUGAAGCAACAUAGGUUGUAAAGUUUACUGAAAGUUGAUAUUUCAGAGGCUUUAAUAAUUUGUGAGGUCAGUUGUGCCAAAUUUCUCUGUGCAAUGUGUUCACUUAAUUAAGUUCCUAACUUGUACCUCAGCAGGGCCACUUUCAUAAAGAUUCAUGAAAAUGGGGUUUGCUCUGAGAUUUGUACAAAUUAUGAGUAACAUAAUAAGAUCAUGUACAUUUGCACCUUGAUAAUAAUUACUCCUCAUAGAUAAUACUUUUUACAUAAUGAACAGUAAUUAGGGAUGUAUUCAUGAUAUCAAUACUACUUUCUUCAGUCAUUUCCAGUCUAGAUGUUUUUCUUAAAUGAAAUUAAUGUUAAACUGAGCAUUACCACCAUGUAACAGAAAAUGAAAAGAGAAGCCGUAUUGUAAAAUAUACACUAUAAUGAUGAACUUAAUUCAUAAGGCUUUCAACCUUGUACAAAGUGGCUUCAUACAUGAAAGAGAAACUUUGAAAUUGCAUGUGAGAAAUCUGCCCAAUAUUUAUGAAAGCUCACACAGAGUAUAGAGUAUAGAGAGUAUAAAGUCCCUGUCAAGAGUCCUUUGUCAUGUUCCCAUCAUCCAAUUCUGGAUCUUAUCUAUAUCAAGAGUUUUGUUAUACAAGGAAAACAUUUUGUAUUAUCACUGAAGUACUUUUACAGGUAUAUAGUUUUCAGUCCUUCA